GACGUGGGUGAGCUCAUCUGUCAAAGCAUUUCCGUAUGAACUCAUUCGCACCACAGACAGUAAACGGUGAACUGUCGCCCCUUCUUACCAGCUGGAUCCGAUGCAGGCAGUGAGUGCAGAUCUAAGGGUGCCAAAGCCCACUCCGGGGGACCUCAAGAGAAGCAGCCUAAACAUCGGGGUUCUUGAAGAGUUCGCCCAAAACAUGGCCGGGAACAUAAUCCGGUCUUUUGUGAGCCAAGUGAAAUGGUGGAGCUCGAGGAGGAGGACUGCAUGUCGUCCUCAGCGGGGGUCGAUCCGAGAGAAGUUUGUAGAAACAUCGAGGACCACCGAGGUUGUUCCGAGAGAUCAACUGGGGUGAAGGUGUAUGGCAGACACGUUAAGAAUCCGUCUUUAUUGAAUGAAUCCACAAUGACAGAAGGAGACCCCCAGCCUUGUUGCCCGCCUCUGUCCCAGUCCGGGCUGCCCGUCGUGGGCUCCCUCGACUACCCCGACGCCCCUCCGACCACGCCUCUCCUCCCAGAGCUGGAAAGGAACCGACAAAGUUUCGACAGGAAGCUCAAAGGAGGCUUGGCGAACGUUUUCCUGCCUUCGCCUCCUCCCACUACCCCCAAGUUCAAAGACUCGGACCCCAACGAGGUGGAGUUGAUGGAGCAUCUGAUGCACUCGCUGUCCACGGAGGACUUGGCGAGAGAGUACUUGGCAGCAGGAGCUCAACAUGGAGCCGAGAUGGAGGCUUUUGCGGAGGCUCUUUCAUGCGGCAUCAUUGACUGGAUGUUGAGCGGAGAAAAGAUGGCCGACGAUAAUGAUCUGCAUGUGCUCGCCCAACAACUGGCCGAAACCAUCAUCACCUCCUCCCUUGAUGAAGCUAAAACACUUGUGUAGUAUUUUAAUGUGGUUUAUGGCGUAGAAACACACACACAAUGUGAUUUACUGCGAUGAUAUUGUUCUUAUUUCCAUAUGUAGUUCAGGUAUAGCUCAUCCAGGUUGGAGUUGGAGUGAAAUAUAGCCUUUAUUUAUGACCUAAACGGAGCAGAGAUCCAACAAAAAGAUGCUUUACUCGUCGUUAAAACUAAAUCUGACACAGCUGUAGAUUAUAGAGGCUACAGGGUAAUGGUUUUCAGUCCAAGAUGAAUAAAAAAUUAAGAAAAAGAACAUUGGGAGGGAAACUCUUAAGAGGUGUUUAUGUACUUUUGACUCAGAUCCAAAAACUAUAACCAUAAAUGUCCUGUAGAUGGCGUCACAGGAGUAAUGGGCCUGAGUUUCUAUAGGUCACUGAGGCUCACCUUGGGUAUUACCUAUCAACUAUUGGAUAUAAACUAUAGUAUGGUAUACGAUAAACAAACUGCUUUAAAUACUCAAGCCAGAUCUCUGAAUGUGUCUUGUAAAUAGCUCUUUUUGUUUGCUCGUAAAUACUGAGAAUAAAGACUUUAUCUUUGAACUUUA